GUGUCGUUCGAAGCGAGCACCACUGAUUUCAAUCAAGGCGGGGGAAUCGCCGUAGACGAGAUCUGGUUUGAAGAUUCACCGUGUUCUCCGUUCGGCAGCUGCGACUUUGAGAACUCCUACUGCACCUGGAAAAAUGACAGACAAGACGAUGAGCUCAACUGGCAGCGUAUUCGUGGACCCACACCUGGCGAAGACACAGGGGCUGAUGUCGAUCAUACCUAUGGUACCGCUGCUGGUUUAUACAUCUAUCUACCUGCGUCUUCAAGUUCUUCAAUGACCUACGCCAUUUUAAAAUCCACCGUCUUCACUGGCGAUACAACGCGUUGUUUUGGUUUCUAUUACUUUAUGUAUGGUGACAAUCUUGGGGAUAUUGAGGUGCAGUUAAUAACUGAUGAUUCUACAGAACCAUGGAGUCUGAAAACAGUGUCAGGGAACAAGGGCUAUGGAUGGAAGCAAGCUUUGGUUCCAAUCCCGACUCUCAGUGACUCGUUUUCCUACCAGAUCUUUCUUAAAGGGGAUCUUCAGUAUACCUAUUAUGGGGAUAUAUGUAUUGAUGAUAUAACUCUUGAAGACAGAGACUGUUCAGACGAAUUGGCUCCAGAAAAUCAGGGCUGUGAUUUUGAGAACGGCUUCUGUUCUUGGGUCCUGGGCUCUAUAUAUCCGUGGAAACGAGCCUCGUCAGAGACCCACUACGAUGAAGAAGGUCCAGGAGCUGAUCAUACCAUCGGAGAUGAGAGAGGAUUCUACAUGUACUUGGAUGUCCCCUACGAGAAUGACUGGGCUCGCUUGAACUCCCCACGUAUGAUGAACCCCACCGCAGAGAGCACUUGCAUGGAGUUCUGGUAUCAGCAGUAUGGGUCUCCUACAGGAAGUAGGCUGAGUGUCUACGUGCAGAAUAUGGAUGGUGAGAUGUCGGUGUGGAAUGAGACGGAACCAACAGGACCACAAUGGGGUCCAGGACAGGUUCAACUAAGUGGCACUGAUCAGUUCAUGGUGAUAUUUGAAGGUGUCAGAGGGAGUGGUUAUGACGGAGUCCUUGUUUUGGAUGACAUCAGUUUCACGACUGGGGCGUGCGGAACACCGAGUUACUGUGGAUUUGAGAAUGGCCAGUGCGGUUUCACACAAUCCCCAACUGAUACAUUGCCAUGGCAAGUGUCGACACCCUCUUCCUUCUCAUCGGAUGUUCUCCCACCGUAUGAUGCAACAUACCAAUUAUCAAAAGGUCAUUUCAUGUUUCUUGACCUGAGUAACGUCCAGAAUUUGAACUAUUAUGGGGUGCUGGAGUCUGGUGUAUUCUCCCAAGGAACGGUUUCUGAUCGAUGUCUCAAAGUAUGGUUCUACAUGAAUAAUCCUACCAGUGUUAGUCUUACGGUGAAUCAAGUAGGUGUACCAUCAGGGCAGACCAAGGUUAUUCUGUCCUACUCAGGGAUGACUCUAUCAACUGAAUGGCUGGCUUUCCAGAUUCCAGUCUCAGUCACUGAAGAUUUCAAGAUUACGUUCCUUGGGAGGAGUGUGGAUAUAACCAAGGAUGGAUCCAUCAGUAUUGAUGAUAUCAAGUUUAACGAUGGCCCUUGCGAGUCACUUGGUACAUGCACCUUUGAGAAUGACUACUGCCUUUGGAAGAAUGUACGGGAUGAGGAUGACUUUGACUGGACUCGUUCCCGGGGUGAGGCCGGUCCUCCUGCGGAUCCUUGGGGACCCUCUGCAGAUCAUACCAAACAGACCCUAGCUGGUGUCUAUGCUGUAAUGGACCCAUCAGGUAGCUCCGUCGGGGAUAACGCUAUUCUAAAGUCACCAGAAUUCCUCACCGAUUCCAUCCAAUGUCUAGAGUUCUAUUACUUUCUACAUUAUGAGAUGACGGGUAAUCUAGAUGUGCAGGUCUUGCCCAACACAGACCCAGUCCCUACAACUCUCGUAUCGUACAGUGGAAAUCAAGGAGCUUCUUGGAAACAAUCACUGGUCACCCUAAAUAUAUCUGAUGCAGAGUCCUACACGGUACUACUGAAUGCUAGUGUAAGAGGUCUGACAUAUGAAGCCAAUAUCAACAUUGAUGACAUCACGUUCUAUUCUGGGGACUGCACAGGUCACUCCGAUAUUUGUCAUUUCACCUUUGACCUCUGUGACUGGGUACAAGAAGAUGUGUAUGAUGAAAUUGAUUGGUUUUGGGGAUCUGGGAGUGACAGUCGCUAUGGCAGCAGCGGCAAUAAGGCUCUUCCGGACCACUCCACUGGCACUGUUAUUGGUGGCUAUGCCUACAUUGACAUGCGAGAUAGUACAAACCAACGUGGUGAUCGAGGACGUCUACUGGGCUUUGAGCGCAACCCUCCAAUCGACGGCCAGGCCGAGUGUCUAGGCUUCUGGUAUCAUUUAGAUGAGGCAGACGUUGGCUCCCUCAAUAUCUACAUGCAAUGGAUGGAUAAUGGAACCAGGUUUAUUACGGACGAUCCACUGUGGUCAACUAGCGGGAACCGAGGCGACUAUUGGUGGUUUGCGGGGGCAACUUUCAUCAACACGCUUCCAUAUCAGGCUGUAAUAGAAGGCCUUAUAGGAGGCGCCAGCGAGGGAGGCAUUACAAUAGACGAUGUCGGAUUCAUGCCCGGACCAUGUGAUCCAAAAGGUCACUGUAGUUUUGAUCGUGAUAUGUGUUCUUGGAGGAUGGGUGCUGAUGAUGGUAUAGAGGAUGAAGAUCCCUGGAUAAGGGAAUCAGGAAGCACAGUGUCUGAAGACACAGGACCGUCCAACGAUCACACUACAGGCACAUCAGAAGGUUAUUACCUCUACUCGAAGGGGAACCAUAUGGUACCGUGGGAAACAGCUACUCUAUAUAGUGAGAUAUUUGACGCAACGACCUCUGGAGGCGAUUGUUUCUCGUUCUGGUACCAUGCCAUAGCUCCAUACAGUCCAGUGGUGUCCCUCACAGUUUCAUUGCGGCAGUUUAACCCACCAGGCAUCUAUGAGCCUGUGGUCAUGUUUUCAUUGACCGAGGGAACGAUUGACCGCUGGUUCAUGGGUCAGUUUGACAUUCAGUCAGAGACAGAAUUCCAGAUCUUGUUCCUAGUCAGUGGAGAAUCUGGGGGCUCGGCUGAUACUGCCAUAGAUGAUACCAGUAUUACCACAUCACUUUGUCAAGAGCCUAGCCCAUGGGCAUGUACAUUUGAGGAUGGUCUAUGUGGUUAUACACAGGCUACUGAUGCUGAGAAAGAGUGGAGACGCUAUACUGGAAGUACAUCAUCUCAACUAACAGGUCCUUCGUUUGAUCACACUACAGGAACGUCCGAAGGCUUUUAUAUGUACUUGGAAACAUCAUCGGAACUCACCGGAGACAAAGCCCGGCUCCUAAGCCCCUUCGCUCCUCCAGGCAAAUACUGCGUUGGUUUCUGGUUCCAUAUGUUUGGUCAGACCAUCGCGACCCUGAAUGUAUACCUACAGAGGAACGAGACUGCUCUAGACCUCCCUGUCUGGACCAGGACCGGGUCUAGCGGCAAUCAGUGGAUCGAAGGAUAUGUUGAUGUGGUUGACAUUUAUGAGUUUAGGGUUGUUUAUGAAGCGGUCCAAGGAACUUCAUUUACAGGAGACAUGGCCAUCGACGAUGUUGAUAUGAUGGAAGGAGAAUGCACCGGGACGCAUUCAUGUGACUUUCAACACGAUGACAUAUGUAGUUAUGCACAAGAAGCAUCAAGGGAUGAUUUUGAUUGGCUACAAGGAUCAGGAAGUACUCUGUCUGCAGGGACAGGACCAACAUCAGAUCACACAUAUGGGACUACAUACGGCAAGUACAUGUACAUAGAUUCAUCUGAGCAGUCGCCAGGAGAUAAAGCCCAGUUGUAUACCAAAAUACUUUCUGAAGAUCCAAGUGGUAUCGUCUGCUGGAAAUUUUACUACCACAUGUAUGGAGCUGGAGUAGAUACAUUAAGAAUUCUGUCGGAUGUUGAUGGUGUACAAAAUGAAGUAUCAAGCAUCUCAGGUAACCGUGGUGACAAAUGGUUCGCAGCGCAAGCAGAGGUCACAACGUCCCAAAGACAUCGCCUUGUCUUUGAAGCAUCGGUCGGGGAUAGAACAGACACGGGGGACAUUGGGAUUGAUGAUGUAGACUACAGGAGUGGUCCUUGUGGACAUGACUUGUCCUGUAACUUUGAGAGCAAUCUGUGUCUUUGGGAGAAUGCUGAGUACGGAGACGCAGCUGACUGGAUCAGACUCACAGGAACCUCCGAAACCACAGAAACAGGACCUAACAUAGAUCAUACCAUCGGCACAGCACUAGGUUACUAUAUAUACUUGGAGAGCAACACGCUUGCCCCAGGUUACACAUCCUGGCUCAUCUCAUAUAUGAAACUCAAUGUUACUAUAUAUACUUGGAGAGCAACACGCUUGCCCCAGGUUACACAUCCUGGCUCAUCUCAUAGUAUGAAACUCAAUGUGCUUUUAUCUUUCUCAGGUUACUAUAUAUACUUGGAGAGCAACACACUUGCCCCAGGUUACACAUCCUGGCUCAUCUCUCCGUCCCUCAGACUAGAGGACCUCUCCGUCGCAUGUUUCACAUUUUGGUAUCACAUGUAUGGAUCCACGAUCGGUGAACUUAACCUCUUCCUCGUCGAUGAGACCACGCUGGACGAAACCUACCAAUGGCGACUCAACGGUCAGCAGAACCCUGACCAGGAUACAUGGCUUCAGGGCAAGUUUGGAAUCUUCAAUCCGGGCAUGACCACCCCAACCCCUCAAUUGGGACAAACAUAUGUGAUCAAAAUUGAAGCUGUUCUUGGAUAUUUUAAUUAUGGGGAUAUAGCUUUAGACGAUUUGGACGUGGAGUCGGAAGCUUGCUCAGUGUAUCCUGCGUCCGCUGAGCCAUCUCUACAGGAGUCUGCAAGCUGUGAUUUUGAAGUCAAUCGAUGCGGAUGGUUUGAUAUGGAUGAUGAUAGAUUGGACUGGAUGAGAUACAGAGGACAGGCGCCUACCGGAGGCACCGGACCGUACAAAGAUCAUACUACUGGCAAUGGUUUCUAUCUGUACCUUGAGUCUUCACAAGGAUCGCAGGGUUACAGUGCUAAGGUGAUAUCACCGGUCAUCCUUGGAACGCCCAUCAGAGCCUGCUUUAGCUUCUGGGUCUACAUGUUCGGCCAAACUAUGGGCCAACUUGAGCUUUCUGUUGGUAGUAUUGACGGUGAGCAGCAGGACUCAUUGUGGAGGCAGGAUGGUACGCUACAGAACCAAUGGGUCUACAGACAAGUAGAAAUCACCACCGAUUAUGAUUUUCAGUUAAUCUUCACUGCCACACGAGGGAGCAGUUACUACAGUGAUAUAGCUAUUGAUGAUCUUUCUUACGACCCAUCAUCUGCUUGCCCUCAUCUUGAGGAGUGCUCCUUUGAAACAGACUAUUGUGGAUGGUCUCAGGAAACAGUUCAGGAUGACUUUGAUUGGAAGAGAACCAGAGGAAAAGAACAUAAUGCCAUUCCAUCUGAUAAAACUACCGGUGUUAAUACAGGGUAUUACGCCUGGGUAGACACCACAACAAACCCUGUAGACGGACAGAACGCUAUCCUCUACAGCCCGACCUACACACUGACAUCCAUCCCACACUGUCUUCGCUUCUACUACUACCAUGACGGGAUAGGCGCCCUCACCGUUCACUCCCGUCAAUCAGGAAUGUAUUCAGAUCCGGUCUGGGUGGCGCCUCCGACGGGUGUGACGGAUUGGAGGUUUGGAAGCAGCACGGUGACGGAUGUACACAGUUUUCAGGCUGCCUUUAAGGGUACUGUAGGCUCUACUCCUGGUUCUCUCAUGGCCAUUGAUGAAGUCAGAAUCGAUUUGGGGGUUUGCCCACCAUUAGGAUAUUGUACUUUUGAGGAGCCUACUUGUGAUUGGUAUAACAUACAGACUGAUGACUUUGACUGGCUGGUAUACAGCGGGAGUACACCGAGUGGAGGGACUGGACCUACAAGUGAUCACACACUGGGGACUAACAAUGGUCAUUACAUCUACAUAGAAUCCUCAAGCUCUCAUAGCUCGUAUCAGGCCAUCCUUUGGUCGGUUGACUUUCCAGCUCGGAUAGAAGGUUGCUUCUCAUUCUGGUACCACAUGUAUGGAACAGAACUUGGAUUUCUCAAUGUGUAUACCCAAGAGAUGGCUACCGGCUUACGGGAGAAUAUCUGGACUAAGAACAAUAACCAAGGCAACGCCUGGAUACUUGCCGAGAUUGAUACAUCUAUCGGUGUUUAUCAUCAGAUAUUUUUCCAAGCUAUUGACCAUGUUAAUAGUGGCAGCUAUACAGGGGAUAUAGCCUUGGAUGAUAUACAAUACACGGAGCAUAGCUGCAAAUAUGUUCCACCCCCUACCACCGCUCCUACCAGACCACCUGUUACUAUUACACCCCUCCAAUGGGAUUGUACCUUUGAGGACAGUACACUCUGCACAUGGACUCAAGGUACCAACAACGAUAUGGAUUGGAUCAUUCAGACAGGUAGCACUCCAACAGUCGGGACUGGACCCCCUGCGGAUCACACCACUCAGACACAAGAAGGUCACUACAUUGUGAUCGAUGCUAGCUCUACCAAUGCUGAUGAGGUAGCUCGUAUCUAUAGUGAGCCCAUCCCCACUGGAUCUCAGAUGUGCAUCACUUACUGGUAUCAUAUGUACGGAGCACAUGUAGGAACACUCAACGUUGGCUAUGGGAACACAGACGGGAAUGAAGAGGGCCCAGUGAUUUGGACCAAGUCAGGUGCACAGAGUUACAACUGGGAGGUGGGGCGUGUAGCCAUCAUCACCACGGCAACCAACCCGAAGGUGUAUCUGGAAGGCACAGCUGGAGAUGGUUACCAAGGAGAUAUAGCCAUUGAUGACGUCAUCCUGGUGUAUGGAGACUGUCCUGCUCUGUUGUUCUGUGACUUCCAGUCUGAUGAUGCAUGUGGGUUUGUUAAUAGUGAUAAUGAUCAAAUGGACUGGAGCAGGGAUCGAGGCCUUUCUUCUGUCUCUACCGGACCGCAGAUGGACCAUACCUAUGGAACAACGGAUGGUUAUUAUAUGCGUAUCAAGACGGGACAGCGCCCUCAGGUGUCUGAUUAUGGACGGCUGCUGUCUCCUGUGUACCCUACACCCCUCAGUGGCUUCAGGUGUGUCGAAUUCUGGUACAUGAUGAGUGAGGUAUUUGCUGAAUUUGUGCUCCAUGCCACGUAUCUGGACGAAAAUGAUUACAUUUAUCCUAUUGGAAUACAAGAGACUUACUCGGAUCCAACUUCUGGUUUCUGGCGUAGGGCAUCCCUGGAGGUUCCCUCCAGCAACCGGAACAUGUUCGUGUUUGACCUGACCGUCAAAGACCCCAUCUCUGGAGCCUUUGUUGCCAUUGAUGAUGUCUAUAUGAGGAAUGGCCAAUGUAGCAGUCAACUUGGUUCCUGUGACUUCGAAGUAGACACUUGCGACUGGACAAACACGCAGAAUGCGGAUGAGAUCGACUGGCUAAGGCAUAGCGGUUCUACAGGCACCCAAGGCACUGGUCCAACGUUUGACCACACCACUGGCACCCCAUCAGGCUGGUAUAUGUACAUUGACUCUGCCCUAGGCUCCUUCGGGACCAGGGCCAGACUGGAGUCUUCUAGCAUCUAUCCUCCAGAGGACUUUGCUUGCUUCAGUCUUUGGUACCAUAUGACGUGCAGUGAUGACAGCAAAAAUACACUUACAGUUGCUUGGGAAACACUUGAUGUGACCACAGUGAUCUGGUCUUUCACCGAAGUGGAAGAGAACGAAUGGAGCUACAUGCAACACAGCUUCAUUGUCACGGACGAAUAUAGGAUGAUGAUAGAGGGGAUAUUGGCUGACACAGCUUCCUGUGAUAUUGCUAUUGAUGACCUGUACCUCUUUGACGGAGCUUGCAGCGCUGACACCACCCCUGCGCCACCGUUCAGCUGUCUGGAUGGCAGUGGUAUAGUAGAUGCUAGUAAGGUGUGUGACAUGCGCUCUGACUGUGAUGAUGGCUCCGAUGAAAUGAAUUGUGGAAUCUGCUCCUUUGAAGAUGAUGAAUGUGGUUAUAUCAGCGAUCCAGCGGGUAUGUUUCCAUGGGUACGGCAAGGAGGCGGUGUCUCAACCACCCCACCUCCCAACCUCCUUCUUCCACCAUCAGACUACCAAGGCGCAGAUGGGACAUACAUGAUUGUAAACAACACAGCGACGCCCACGGUGGGCGGGGACUAUGCCAGGCUUGUAGGUCCAUGGAUACAGGAGGCGGGGUCUAGUUGCAUCAUGCAGUUCUGGUACUAUCUUUCAACAGCAGAUGAUAUCUUCGUCUCAUACAAGACGACACCCAUUGAAGAAACCAUCAUGUAUCGAACAGCUAACACAAAUGGAUAUUGGCAACAAGGAAUAUUCUCUGUGGGUAGAAUCAGGAACCCUUUCCAGAUCAACUUCCUAGGGCAUCCUGGAGUAAGUUCAUCGGGAAGCAUCAUAGCGGUCAGCGAUGUCCUUCUAUCAAACUGUGGGUUCCGUGAGACGGAAGGCUCGUGUGGGGUCGGAGAGUUCACCUGUUCCAACAGGGCUUGCGUUGAUAUGGACCAAGUCUGCAACUAUGCGGAUGAUUGUGGCGAUUACUCUGAUGAAAUAACAUGUGACCCUGACAGAUACACCGGUAGAUGCGACUUUGAAUCCAACCUGUGCUCCUACACGCACCUGCCUGGUGAUUACCUAUGGAUCCGUACAUCAGGAGCCCUCACCCCUGAUACCCAGUUCGCCCCCACCCGUGAUCAUACAUCCAACUCUGCAGGAGGCCAUUACCUGCUUGCCGAUGGCCUAAUAACAUCACCAGGGGAUAUUGCUCGGAUGGCAUCACCGACAUUCCGCGCCACAGGUCUUACAUCCAACUGCGAGAUUCGACUGUACUUCUUCGGACAUGGUACCGAUACUGGAGUAAUAAAUAUUUACACUCGAACAUCCGUAGGCGGCCCCCUCGAACUUGAAACGAAGCUCUCUAAUUUUGCCACUGAUAGUUUUUCCUAUUAUGAUGAGGAUUUAACCGUUCUGGACAAUUUCCAGGUCGUCAUAGAAGCAGUUGCGGGUAGUGGACCGAAUGGUGCAAUCGCCAUCGAUGACAUCAGCUUCAUGAACUGUGACCUUUCGAAUGAUCCACUUCCUGUUGGCAGUACGCUCGUCCCUCCGACCACUCAGAUCCCCUGUCCCAUCGCCUCUGACUACCAAUGCGGUGAUGGACAGUGCAUACCCAGGGAUCAAGUCUGUGACUUCAUCACACAGUGUGACAAUGAAAGAGACGAGUUGUAUUGUGGUGCAUGUGAGUUUGACGAUUCAGAGACAUGUGGCUCGGAGAACUUUGGUUGGCAAAUGAGAGAGGCUGGCUCUGAUUCUGAUUAUCUUCCCACCGAUCACUUCAACAAUGCGUCAGCACCUGGCUUCUAUCUAGAGAGCAUUUAUGGCUACAACACCCUGACAACCCCUCUGGUUGGACCCACUGGACCAGCCUGUCAAGUCGAGUUCUACUACUACAUGAGUAUGUCAUCAACUCAGUUAGAACUGCGUGUGCGAAUAGAGGAUGGUCAGCAGCUCUUUGUGGUCAGGGGGAGCCAGAACCCUGGAACAUGGGAAUAUGGAGUGGCCUAUAUCGGGGUCUUUGAUGAGCAGAUAAAGCUGAGCUUUGAUCACAUUUACCUGUUCCCAAUUGAUGGUCCUUCUGCUUUUACAAUGGCGCUGGAUGGCAUCAGUUAUCUUCAGUGCCUUGGCAAUUCCUCCGUAUCUCCAGAUAUAAGCUGUACAUUUGAAGAUGGUCUCUGCGGAUACAUCCAGGGCUUGACUCCAGAUGAAGACGAUUUUGAUUGGUCGAGAGCAAGAGGAGAAACAGAUUCCGAGUCUACCGGUCCUCGGUUUGAUCACACCACUGGUUCAGGGUACUACAUGUACAUCGAGGCCGACGGACCAGCUGACGGCAAGAAAGCCAUUCUCAAAUCCCACCCUCAGCGAGCAACCAGCGAUGAUGGCGUCUGUCUCACCUGGUAUUACCACAUGUACGGACCAGACGUUGACAAGUUUAACGUCUACAUCCAGCAGGGUAGUCAAGCCACGCCCAUCUUCAAGCGCCAAGGCACGCAGGGUAACCAGUGGAAGUAUGCUCAGUGGACCGUGACGUCAAGUAUUUCAUGGGGGGUUGCUUUUGAAGCCUACAAGGGACUAGGAACUGCAGGAGACAUUGCUAUUGAUGAUGUCAUUGUACUUGAUGGCGCAUGCUCUGCACAAAGAACGUGUGAUUUUGAGGCUGGUUUUUGUUCCUGGACUCAAGACUCUUCCGAUGACUUUGAUUGGUCGAUCGGUAACAACGGAGACCCCUCAGAGGGAACGGGACCUCCUACAGACCACACAAUGGGAACAGAUCUAGGAAUGUUUGCCUACGUGCACACGGCCCAGCCUCCUAGAGCUGACGGGGAGAUAGCCAAGCUCUUCAGCCCAGUCUACCCUGCCUCUACCAGUGAAUGUCUGACCUUCUGGUAUCAUGUCUAUGGGACCACCGUUGGAAAGCUGGAGAUCCUCAUCUACGACACUGUCUCUGAACAAUCUACAUCCAUCUGGCAACAGACAGGACACGAGAUGCAAUGGUAUUAUGGUCGUGCCUCUCUCACCCCCUCCCAUCCUUACCAGAUUGAUAUCAGUGCGACUCUCGGGGAUGGUUUCAAUGGUGAUAUUGCUAUCGACGAUCUAGCAAUCCUUGAUGAAUCUUGCUCCAGACCAGGUUACUGUGAUUUUGAGCAGGACAAGUGUGGAUGGAGCGAUGAGCAAGAAACAGACACCAGGGAUUGGUUGCGUAAUAACGGCGCAACUCCCUCCCCUUACACCGGUCCAUCCUUUGACCAUACAACGGGAACACAACUGGGGAUGUACGUGUACUAUGAGGCUGAAGACAAUCCUUAUAAUAGUUGGGCGGAUCUUGUGAGUGAAUACCUCCCUCUAACAUCAGCAUCAUGCAUAACUUUCUGGUACCAUAUGUUUGGCAAUGCUAUUGGUAGUUUGGAAGUGUACACGAUGGGAAUGGAUGAUACACAGAUUGGGCCUCAAUGGAGCAUGACUGGUUCACAAGGCGAUGCAUGGGUCUUGGGCGCCGCCGACAUUGCCUUCAAUGGAGAAUUCAGGGUUGUUUUCAAGGCUUCAGGGAAUGAGGGCGCUCAGGGCGACAUAGCUUUGGAUGACAUUGAUAUUCAGUCUGGAUCCUGCAGUGAUGGUGGAGCACCAACAGCUAUACCUGUCGUCUCGAUGGCUUGUACAUUCGAAAGCAACAUGUGUGCUUACAUCCAACUGACCAGCGACCAGUUUGAGUGGAAAAGAACCUAUUGGUACUCCAACACUAGAAGCACCGGCCCAUCCUUUGACCACACUAGGGGGGAUAGUAACGGCUAUUACGUCUAUAUAGAUGCCAGUGAUCAGAGCCCUGGAGACAAAGCCCAGCUUGCAGCUCCAACUCAGAACCCGACCGGCGCUGGGUCAACCAAGUGUUUAGUGUUUUGGUAUCAUAUGUAUGGAGUGCAAGUGAACAGACUGAAUGUGUACCUGAGACGUUACAGGUCACAGGUCACCGAGGAUAGCAUCAUCUUCACACAGUAUGGCUCACAAGGGAACCAGUGGAUCAAGGGAGAGAAAGAGAUCACUACCGAGGAUACCUGGGCGAUUAUUUAUGAAGGUGUAGUGGGAGAUGGUCAGUAUGGUGAUAUAGCACUGGAUGACCUCAACCUCUAUGAUGGUGUCUGCCCACAACAAGUUGAGUGUGAUUUUGAGCUUGACUUCUGUUUCUGGACUCAAGACCAAUCUAACUCCUGGCAGUGGUUGAGGAAUGCUGGACCAACACCCACGGCAGAUACAGGACCAUCAUACGAUCACUCUACUGGAACAACAUUUGGUUAUUAUGCAUACGUUAGCGCAUCCGAUGCUUCUGCUGGGUCCAAGGCGCUUCUCUAUAGUCCCAUCUACUCAGAUACAGAUAUGGAAUGUCUAAGAUUCUGGUACCAUAUGUAUGGUAGUACCUUGAGCACACUGACCAUUUACACAGAGGACCAAGUAACAAUGAGUAAUAGUGACCCCUUGUUCACUAGGACUGGUCCGUCCAGUGAUUCUUGGAGGUUUGGUCAAGUGAGUAUCUCAUCUUCUCAUCGCUAUAAGGCCGUUAUCGAAGCUAAGAGAGGAGACGGCGUCCAGGGAGACAUUGCCAUUGAUGACCUUGAGGUCAUCAGGGGGUCAUGCCCUCCUCCAGGUUUCUGUGAUUUCCAAAACGAUCUUUGCGGCUGGUCCCAAGAAGUAGUCGAGGACGAAUGGGAUUGGCUAAGAACAUCUGGAGGAACAGACAGCUCUAAUACUGGACCGCAGGUGGAUCAUACCUAUGGAACAGGGGAAGGCUAUUACAUCUAUUUUGAGAAUUCCUAUGUGACAUCAUCGACGAUUGGCCAAUCAGCAAUGUUAAACAGUGAACACUUUGAUGCAGUCGGGUCCGCUUGUCUGAGCUUCUGGCAUUAUAUGUAUGGAGCUGAUGUUGGUGACCUUGAUGUGUGGAUGGACUUUACUUCGGGUCAACCCAGGAUGCAUCUCUGGUCGCAGAGUGGAGAACAAGGAAAUAAAUGGACAAAUGUUAAAAUAGAUCUUAACAGCGACAGCGAAUUUAGGAUCAAGAUUUCUGCCGUGGGUAAGAUUGUAGGAGAUGCUGGGGACAUAGCAGUUGAUGACUUGGAUAUCGAGAUGAAUGGAUGCUCAGCUAUAGGAACAGCACCCCCGGUCACUACCUCCAAACCCACAGCUGCUCCUGUGUUAUCCAUCUGUACCUUUGAGUCGGACUGGUGUGACUUCACAGCCCUCACGCCGUCGUUGUCACUAUCAUGGGCUCGAGGAAAGGACAGUCGAUCCUCAUAUACAGGACCAACCGUAGACCACACCCUUGGUAGUACAUCAGGUUAUUACAUCUACUUGGACACCUCUGUGGGUAACAGUGGGGACUACGCCCGGCUCCUCUCCUCUACGAUGACCUCUGGGUCACAGGGCAUCUGCCUAUCAUGGUGGUACAACAUGAAUGGAGCUGAUAUUAACAAGCUAGAGGUCUGGAAGGACGUAUCCUCGGACAUCAUAGAAUGGGUCAGGCUUGGACAUCAGGGAUCAGACUGGAAGCAGGGCCAGGUGGACCUUACCGGUACCUUUACGGCUGAUUUCCGUGGCUAUAAAGGAAGUGGAAGCAGAGGAGAGAUAGCUCUUGAUGAUAUCUCCUUCAGUAGUGGGAAGUGUCCUUCACAAACAAUGUGUGAUUUUGAGCAUGGUGAUUGGUGUGGGUUUGAUCAGGAUUACACAGACCAAGGCGACUGGAAUGUUGAACCGAAUGACUUCUCAGCUUUGGCCUUAACCUAUGGACCUGAGGCUGAUCACACUUAUGGAACUGUUUUAGGCAAGUGCAUCUGA